AUGCAACCAUCUUUUACAACAAAGUUAAAUUCAGAAGAAGAUGUUUUAAAAUUAAUUUUAGAUUUCUUAUAUUCACACAGUAGUAAUCACAAUAAUAACGACCACCAACAUCACCAUGACUCUGAUGAAUCUAAAUUUGAAAAAAUUUUUGAUAGAUUGAAAAUCAUUUUUUCAGAUAACGACAAUAAAGCACACCAAUUAAAUAAGAAAUUUAAUAUUUUAAAUAAAACUUGUGAAUCAAUUAACCAACUAUAUGAUAUAGAAAAGCAGCAGCAACAACAGCAACAACAGCAACAACAGCAACAACAGCAACAACAGCAACAACAAUAUCAAUCAAUUUAUCAAGAUUCAACAACAUCAUUACAAAAACUAUUGGGUGCUAAUAUUAGAUUAUAUGGGUUUUUAAUAGGCUUUAAAUCAAUCAGCAAUGAAUAUUUUAACCGUCCAGAUUAUAGCGAUACAUUGGCAUUUAAAACUAUAAGGUUAAUAGUGAAUAGGUUGUUAGAAUUAAAUAAUCCCUCAAUAAAGUAUAAUUGCUUAUUAACAAUUCAAAGUUUUAUCGAAGGUAAUAAGUUUCAAACUGAUAAAUUACUUUCAAUCUUAAUUUAUCAACAACAACAACAACAGCAACAACAAGUAGAAAAUUCCUCUUCAAAUAAUAUUAUUGAAACUAUAUUUAAAUCAUUUAUAUACCCAUCAAAUUUUGUAUCAAGAUUAGCAGUCGAGGUGUUCUAUGGUAUCUUUAAAUUAAAUUCAAACUUUUUAAAUCAAGUAAUAAUCAAUUUAAUCAAUAAAUCAAUUACAGAGGAUAUUUGCAGUGAUUUAAAGUUAUGUUUAUUAGAUUUUUUUAUAAUAAUAAUGAAUCAUUUUAAAGAGUUUACAGUAAAUCCACCGCUCGAUCAACAACAGAAAAUUAACAUUGACCAAUUAAAAGAGACUGUUAAAGAUUCAAAUUUAUUUUAUAAACUUUGCUCAUUAUUAUUUGACGAAAAUAGACUGGUAAAGAAUAGAUCCAUAGAAAUGAUUAACAUAGUAGUUGAAAUUGGUAGCGAUUCAUUAGAAUUUAUUGGUGAUGAGGUUUAUCAAUUCUUUAGCAACAUAAUAGAAAAUCUAUUAAUAAUAAUAAAUCAUUAUCAACAACAGAAUAAAGAAUCAAUAGUUACAUUAAUAGAUUUAAUAGGCUCAUUAGAGAACAGUUUUAUUUUCACCAAUAAUGAUAACACCUUGGUAUUAUUUAAUAAAUUGAAUCCAAUAAUUGAUACUAUCAUACUUAAUAACAACGAAAAAAAUAGUAAUAGUAAUAAUGACAGUUUAUCAAUUUACCAAUUUCAUUUAUUUCAAUGUAUAAAGGAAAUUUUAAAGAGAAAUGAAAAAAUUAAAUUUGAUACAGGAUUAAUCAGAUAUGUUGUAGAAUCAAGUUUAAUCAAAAGUAAUUAUAUAAAGUUAUCAAAUAAGACAUUAAAAGAAUCAUUAGAGUGUUUAUCAGCAUUUAAUAUCAAUGAUUGGAUUAGCAUUAAAUUAGAGUCAUCUCCAAUACAAUCAUAUCAAUUUCAUAAUAGUACCAAUAAUAAUAGUAACGAUAUAUUAUAUAUCUUUUUAAAAAACUUAAUUAAAUUAAGCAAACCUAUAUUAAAAAUAUCAUUUAAUAUAUUAUAUAAAAUUAUUUUAAAAUUUAGUUUUAUAAACUCAACAUUUAAUUACUUUAAAACCGAGUUUUUAGACCAAAUUAGCGCAUUACUGAUGAGUCCGUAUAAUGAUAUUAGGGAUUUAACUUUAGGUUUUUUAAAGAGGGUAUAUGGAAAUUUAACAAACAGUGAUGAUAAAGAAAUUAAAAAGUUUUUAUAUUUUGAAAGUAGUUUAUUAGAUUUAGUUAUAAAGAGAUUAACAGACUCUGAUAAUUAUGUUAGAUCAACGACAUUAGAAUUGAUUGGAAUUAUAUCAGUAGAUCCAGUUGGUUGGGAAACUCUAUGCCGCUUAAACGAACCUUUUAAAGAAAUAUCACAACUACAAUCAAUUUUAAAAGAGAAACCAGUAUUAACAAUUAACGAUGAUGUUUGCAAUAAUAAUCAAAUUAAUUUAAACAACUAUACAGAGUUAUUAGAACAAGAAAUUAAAGAUAGAGACCAAGCUACUGAACAACCAAAGAACCAUUUGUUUUAUAAUGAUACAAUUUCAAUGGCAAGCUCAAAAGAUUUGGAAACUACUCUCACCAAUAACUAUAACAAUGAUACAACUAAAAAUGAGGACUGGGAAUGGGAAGAUGAAGAGUUUAAGGAACUAAUGAAAAGAAAUCAAGAGAAUAUCAAACAGGUUAAUUUUAUGAACGAAUAUGAAUUAGAGUACAACAAUUACAUUUCAGAGCACGAUAUAUCACUACCCACAGAAACAUUAAAAAUAUUUAAUUAUAAAUUCCCAUAUUCAAUAAUUUUAUUUUUAAGUGAUGAAGAUUCAUAUCCCAGAAUAUCAUCAAUUGAAAACUUAAUAUUAUGGAUAAAUUAUGAACAUAGUUUUAAAUUUUUAAAUAAUAUUAUAAUUAAUGAUAAAGAAAACGAAAAAUAUAAAAUAAAUAAUUUAGUUAGAAAUCUAUUGGAUGAUAAUGGUUAUUGGGAAGUAAAGUUUAAACUGCUAGAAUUUUUAACCAUUUUAUUUAAAAAAGAAUCAUCAAGUGGCGGUAAUUUAUCACUCACUCUAAAAUUAAACUGUAUAGAAUUGUUAAUAAAUAUUAUAAAGAACAAAUUAGAAGAUAAACUUAUAAGAAAUAAAUCAAUAUCAUUAUUAAAAGAGAUUUUAAACCAUUAUAAUAAUAAUAAUAAUAAUAGUAUAAACAACAAUAUUGAUAAUAAACAAUCACAACAUCAAUCACAACAACAUUAUGAUAAUAAUAAAAAUAUUGUAGAAUUUAUAAAUAAAUCAAUUGAUUUGGAAAAAGAGGAAAUAAACUGCUCAACAACCAACGACUUUACAUUAGAAGAAGAAGAGGAUAUUGACUUAUAUAAUCAAACUUAUAAUAAUAAUAAUAAUAGUGGCGAUAAUGGUAAAGAAAAUAUUUUAGAUUGUUAUUAA